GUGUCCACUUUCCACGCGCUCAACCCGCUCAACUGCGCUCCACCCCACCCGCUCCUUCCGUGGCUCCACCUGCCGUGACAACCCGAGCUGACCACAACGGCCAGCGCCGGUGCCGGCGCGGUAGUGGAUGGGUCAACUUUGUCCCGGGCCGCCCGAGACGAUGGCGGUACCGGUCCGUCGCAGCGUACCGAAUGACAACAGCUGUCUCUUCUGGGCUGUUGCGUAUUUGGUGGAGGGAGAGGUGGGCCGGGCCAAAGCCAAAGAGCUUCGCGAGGUCUGCGCGCAGGACGCCUUGCAGGAUCCGGACCCCAUGACCCGCAGUCUGCUGUUGGGUUUCAACAGCGUAGAGGAGUACGCCACCUGGAUCCGAAACGAGUUCCACUGGGGCGGAGAAAAUGAGAUUCUAUGCUUGGCCAAGCACUAUUGUGUUGAGGUGGCUGUCGUGUGCUGCGAGUCCUUGCAAGUGCUGACCUACGGCUCUGACUUGCCGCUCUGCAGCGCGCGGAUCUACCUGCUCUAUACCGGCCAGCAUUACGAUCCCAUUGUUGCUGGCGCUGAAGCAGAUCUACCGGUGGAGAAGGAGCAGAAGAGACAAAAGAAAGGCGACACGAGCCUGGAGAGUGGAUGCCUGGAGAUUGCCAAGCGGCAUGUGGCCGAGGCGGCCAAGAAGGCCAAGCAGCGCCGCGCGAAGAAGAUCAAGUGCGGUGGCUGUGGCGCCCUGCUGAGCGACGCUGAGGCCUUCGCCAAGCACUGCCAGGAGGUGGAGCACGACGACGACUUCGCCUACGAUUGUGAGGAAGUGGAAGUGGUCAUCGAGGAAGGGGACGAGAUUCCCGAGGGCACCAUUGAUCUCAAUGCUGAGCACAUCUAUAGCUUCAGUAACACCGGCAAGGACCCCUUGUGUCACGCCUUUCCUGCGAACUUCACGGUGGAGGGUGUGAGCUUUCCCAGCAUGGAGCACUUUUGGCAAGCUUCGCCCUUCCUGGGCCUCAACGACCAGCUCGUGCGCCAGAUCGCCGCAGCCCCGCUGGACGACGCCAUCAUCCUCGCGGGGGGCGAGUCACUGCAGGGCCGCAGCGACUGGCGGGACAAGCGCCAGGAGCUCCUCGAGCUUGGCCUCCAAGCCAAGGCGGAACAGAAUAGCACCUUCAAGGAGGCCUUGCUGGCCACCGGUGAUAAGACCUUGGUCUUCCUGGAAGCUGACCCCUGGGCCGGCAUGACCGCACCAGGUGGUUUGGCGACUGGCCAGAACCAUGUGGGGAAGGCGCUCAUGGAGCUUCGUGAGAAGCUGAGAUCGUCGGCCUAAUCUAGUCGACACCGAAGAGUCCUUC